GGCUUUUUUUCUAAAAUCCAAUAUUCCCAUGAUUUAUAUGAGUUCUCGAUCAACGGCCGAAUUUUGAGAUGACACCUUUAGGCUCUGAUUUCACCAACACAAAAACCUGUCCGAUAGGAAGUUGCGCUGACGCUGCCUUCCUAUGUAAACAUCCCAGGCACUUUGAUUCCGUGUCGAACACUCAUUAUUUUUCUUCUCCGUUUUGUCAGAAUGUUGGCCACAAUCCCCAAGAACUAUCUCCACGUGCCUGUGAGCCUUCAUGAGCGUCCCUAACCCUAAAAGGAACACGUGCGGGGCUUGGAUGAACCUUGAUACGGGCAGGAUGGGGAACAGCACAUCGUCAUCUUUGGGGAACACAGCAACUACUCCCAUGAAUCAGAUCCAAGAAAUCAUUUCUAAUAAUUGUGUGGUGAUUUUCUCCAAAACUUCUUGUUCUUACUGUACGAUGGCAAAAACACUUUUUCACGACAUGAGUGUAAACUAUAAAGUGGUGGAAUUGGACAUGCUUGAACACGGAAGCCAGUUACAAGACGCUCUUCACGAAAUGACCGGUGAAAGAACUGUGCCAAGAAUAUUUGUCAAUGGAACUUUUAUUGGCGGUGCAACUGACACUCACAGGCUUCACAAAGAAGGGAAAUUGCUUCCACUAGUUCACCAGUGUUAUCCAAAAAAAAGUAAGAGGAAAGAAUUUUAGUGAUAGCAACGGCAGGAUGGACAUGUCCAGCAAAGGUCUCGUUAUCAGUGAAUACUAUGAAGACAUCGGCAGCUGUAUUUGUGUUUUGAGCCCAGAUCAUUGGAAGAGAGCAAUCAGUUCCACCUGCUGGGAUCUAACUCGGAAAAAAAACAUGGAUAAGAAUACAAGAAAAUGCCCUCAUUUCUGUACUGACAUGUCUGAAAUAAUUAAAUACUUAAAAAUACUAUUUUAUAGGUUAUUUUGUUUAGACCCAAUAUAUAGGCUUUCUCAAGGCUUGUAAAUAUAUUUCUGAUUCUGUGUUCAUGAGAAA